AUGGCUCAGAACCUUCAUCAUUUUGUUGAUCCUGAUCAGGAGAUGCUUUUAAGCAACGACCCCAACAUUACAUUAUGGCUGAAGCUUAGUUUACUGGUAAGAGCAUGGCUAUGCCGUUGUGUUGCCCGUAACUUGGAGCAAGAAGUCAGUGUUGCAUUCCCCAAGCUGUGGUACGCAAAUGAUUUUAUGAAAGAAAUCAAGUAUAUCAUGGAGAAAAGGCGCUUCGGCAACACCAAGAGGGCGUGUUUUGAGAUCUGGGACGCUCGGCUCGAGGAUUUCUCGACAAUUGAUGAGUUUGUUGCGGCAUUGAAACAGAGACUACAUACAGCAAUUGAUCUCGAAGCCAACGUUCUGCCUUACAUGCUUUAA